CGGGAGGACGCCGCGGAUAUUUUUGAGGCUCUAACACCGUUACCUUCAACAUUGUUCGCAUCGCUGCUCUUUUUGGAGGAUAACGUGCUCGGAGUCUGUCUGUCUCCUCUUCAGACACACGAGCCCCCUGGUUUGACCGGCAUGGCUGAGCCCCUGAUCAGUUAGUGUUUGGUCAGUGCAAAGGUCUCCCCGAUGGUCUUGCUCUGCUCUGAACAGGUGGCCGCACCAAAUUGGGAUUGGCCCUGAUGAUCACAAAGACCCCCCUCCACCUCUUUUCAGCCAAUCCUGGUAGGGCAGCAGAGCUGAUGUCUCAGAGGGCGAGAGGGUAUUUGUGUUCUGGAGUCCUGAAGAGACAAGCCACAUCACGAUAAAUGGAGGAGAAGGAGCGAUGUCGGAGCAGGUCUCCAGCUCGGAGAACCUGUCGGGUGCAGCAGGUGGUGGGAACAAUAAUACGACGUACCCGAGAGUCGCUCAGCAGAGAGCGGUUGCUCGGCGACGGGAGGUCGCAGCGCUCCAACAGUCUGUCCAAUCAGAACUUCCAGGCCAAGCUGACGCUGCAGAUCACCAGGGACCCGGUCCUGGACAGCAGCACUGGACAUGGCUUCAUUCUCACCACCAAUGCACCCCUGCUGGUCAGGGACAUCGCUGCAGGGAGUCCUGCAGAUGGGAUACUGUACCCAGGGGACCAGGUGCUGCAGAUUAAUGACAUAGGGGUGGAGGACCUGAGCGAUGAGCAGGUGGAGAACCUCUUACGGGACUUGGAGGAUUGUAUCACUGUGACUAUCCUGCGGCACAUGACAAAUCCCAAGUCAUCCAUCAUGUCGGCAGAGAAGAGAGCUCGUCUGAGGAAUAAUCCAGUUAAAGUGCGCUUUGCAGAGGAGGUGGUGGUCAACGGGCACACUCAGGGAAACUCUCUUCUCUUCCUGCCCAAUGUCCUAAAAGUCUAUUUAGAGAAUGGACAGACAAAGGCCUUCAAGUUUGACAACAGCACCACCGUCAAGGACAUUGUGCUGACUCUGAAGGAUAAACUGUCCCUCCGGGCCAUUGAGUACUUUGCUCUGGUGCUAGAGCAACAGUACAGCAUCACCAAACUGCUGCUGCUGCACGAAGACGAGUUCAUACAGAAGGUGGUGCAGAAAAAAGACUCCCAUGACUACAGAUGUCUGUUCAGGGUGUGUUUCGUCCCGAGAGACCCCAUGGACCUACUGCAGGAUGACUCCUCUACCUUUGAGUACCUAUUUCUACAGAGUGUUGGGGACGUGCUGCUGGAGCGUUUUGCAGUAGAGAUGAAGUGUAACACUGCGCUCCGCCUGGCUGCCCUGCACAUGCACGAGAGGCUAGAUAGCUGUGGACAGACCAGAGCCUCCAUCAAGAGUAUUACGAGGGAGUUUGGCAUGGACAGCUUCAUCUCUCCCACACUGUUAAGCAACAUGAGGGAAAAGGACCUGAGGAAAGCCAUCAGCUACCACCUCAAAAAGAUCCAGUCCCUGCUGGAGCCGCGCCAGAAGGUCAUUUCUGCAAGUCAGGCUCGGUUGGCCUACCUCACUCAGCUCGGAGAACUCAUUUCCUAUGGGGGACGCUCCUACGCAGCCACGAUGAUGCUUCAGGAUAGGGAGGUGUUGGUCAGUCUGAUGGUGGGAGCCAAAUAUGGGAUGAGUCAGGUCAUCAACCACAAGCUCAAUAUGAUCUCUACCCUGGUUGAGUUCAGCAGCAUCAGCCGAGUGGAGCUGCUCUCUGAGUCGGACAAAGUCAGCGUACUGCGCAUCUCACUGCACGACAUGAAGCCAUUUGCCUUACUGAUGGACUCUCCGGCAGCCAAAGACUUAGGGUGUCUGCUUGGAGGCUACUGCAAACUCCUUAUAGAUCCCAGUGUCAAUGUCUUCCGUCUGGGGCGCCCAAAAGUGAGGGUGCACCGAAUUCCUGCUGAAGAAGGUGUGUGUGGGAAGUUCGGCGUAAUAGAGGGCGUGUGCUAUGAAUCCCUAUCAAGUUAUGUGUCUCGCUGCUGUAGUGACUCAGAUGACUCAUCAGAUGAGGAUGACCCAAUGGAUUCUCAGAAUUACAAACGCCCAGACCCAGCAAGCCAGGACUGGGAAGAAAGGAGGAGAGAGGAGGAAGAGAAGAGGAGAGAGGAGGAAAGGAAAGAGAAAGAGGAGCACAAAGACAAACAGGAAGUGAAGAUAAUAGUGACAACAGAAGGAAUAGAAAAUGAGGGUGAAGAGGAAGAAGGAGCAACAGGAAUUGGUCUACGUACAUUUAGUAUUAUGGAUGAAGAAAUGAACCUGGAGAGUAACUGGUACCACACUGACUCACGGGUCACCAGCAGCUUCUCCAGCUUGUCCAGUGGCUCCUUGAGUGCUGCCCUGGAGGAGAGCAGUGCCGCAGCCAAAGCCCCAUCGCGUCUGGAUGCGCUCCGUGGAACAUGCACAAGCGAGGAUCGACCAGGCUUGGAUGUUCACCAACCCUACCUCCUGGAGCCCAAACGCCACCAAGGGCCCUUGCGACCCACCAACCUCAAUUACCGUGGCAAUGACAACUCGUGCCUUUGCUUUUCUGAUCUCUCCAAGGAUGAUUUACUCCCUAGCCCUCCUGAGGCUACUAGUGAUGAUGAUAAUGAGGAUGAAGAGCAAGGAGUGGCAGGACUCAGACGCAUUUCUAAGAUACCCAGUUCAAGAGAUUUGAGAAUGAUUGACAGCAUACCCUUUCAAAGAUCACCCAUUAAAAGAAAGAAAAAGGUCCCUCCAAAAGUCCCAGUGAGGACUAGUUCAAUACCUGUGGAUAAAGAAGGACAGGCUGAGCAGCGCCUCUCCAAGGACGAAGAGGGUCUAUUUCUAACACCGUCACCAAAUCCCAAACCAGCUCUCUUGGUCAAAGAGACUGCCUCAGAGUCUGAAGAUGAGUUUUUUGAUGCACAGGAGAGAUUUACUCCUCCAGUUCCAGAUUUAUCAGACGCUGAGCUGGCUGACCGACGGAAUGCUAAUCGGUUAAGUGGAGGCUGGAUUGGUCCUUCAGCUGUCCUGGGGAAAGAACCAUCCUCCCCCCUUGCCAAUAAAGCUAAUUGCUCUAAAAUCAAAAGAGAAGUGGAGACGCUUAAAGGCCCUACAAAUAAACUUACCAACCAACAGGCCAGUUUACCAGAGCCAUCUCAGAAACCUCAAGUUAAGGUCAAACCGCUAUUGGCACCUAAGCCCCAACUGCCUCCCAAACCUAAGAUCAUUCCCCCUAAAUCCCCCAAGCAUGGAAGAUCAUAUGCCCACUGCAAUGGGGAUGCCUCUGGACGACUUUCCUCUGAACUUCUGGAAAUGGAGCCGGACACCAUGGAGUUCAAGUCUGUCACAUCAGGGGCAGGUGGACUGCCUCUCUCAUCACCCCUGAUCAGAGCAGUGCGGUGCAGCAAGCAACCACUACCCAUGACAACCCGACGAACUGAGGAAAAGACAAAGAAGCAAGAAAACAGCCCAACAAAGAAUACAGAUUUGAUGCAUGAUAAUGGAUCACAUGUUGUUUCCAAUGACAAAGCAUACAUUCUUGAUGAACAGGAAACUCCUAGGAUUGAGGAAAAAAGCAAUGGAAGUGCUCUACCCACAAGAAAACCACCAAACUUACUCCCUCUCCCUCGCUCUAAUUCAGGUACAAAGUUAGCCAUUCCCCCUCCAGUAGCACCCAAACCCACUUCUCCCACCAAUUUCCACCCCUUAUCACUUCCUGCUAGCUCUCCUGUCUCCCCAACAGAUCCAAGCAAAGGGAUAUUCAAAGAUAGCGUCACUACGCCAAAUGGAAUCCAUCCUUGGAGCAGCCGCAAUGGCACCGUCCAGUCCGGAUCCAGGAGGGUCUCUCAGAGUCAUGAAAGCCUGUCGCCCAAAAAUGCAGAUCCUCCUCUCACCCUUACCACCUCCCUCACUUCAACCAACUCCAAAGGUGUUGGGGGCCUUGAAAGCAGAGAGCCUGCAAAAUCUGGAUCAGGAUCAGAACUGAGGACCAGCUCCUCCAGCCUGGGAGGUAGACUGCCAGCUUCUGCUCUGAGAGGGAAGAUCCAGUCUCUGCCUUGGUACAUGACCCGUUCUCAGGAGAUUUUGGGAACUCUGGACUAUCCCUCCACUAGCUCCAUCAAUGGAGACACAUCUGGAUUUGGCUCUGGCUUGUCUGUAGCCAGCGGUCUAUCAGAAUUUAACAAAACCCCUGUUAAGGAAAAAGAGACCGUGAACUCAAAAUCAGGAGGGAAAAAGAACAUUUUAGAGGAUGGAGCUGAGGUUGUCAUAGCCACCAUCAAGGAGGCCCAGGAAGUGACCUCACACAUAAAAAAGGCCUAUGGGACAAACAGCUCCCACACUAAUCUAACUUUUAAAGACAAUAGUGCACACAGUGGGAGUGUUUCCUCCGAGCAGCCUCAGUCACGGACCCAUUCAGCAGUGGGGUUGGGAGGUGUGUCCAGCAUGCAAAUCGGGGAUGACUCACUAACCUCCUCAAUCUCGGACACUGCGCCUCCACAAGAGCAUCGGGAGGCAUGUGGCUGCCGCACCGUUUACGCCAACUGUUUCAGUGGAGACACUGAGGAUGGCAUAAGCUUUAAUGAGGAGCUCACCAUUUAUGAGUUCUCACGUCGCACACGCCCCAAACCUGCCCGACCUGCAGCUGUCUCUUCUCCUACACCUUCUCCAAAGCCCAAUAUUCUGUCACUGCUGAGGGACAAUCCCCGUCCACUCUCCACUUUCUCCACUGCAUCCUCUGAACUCAGUCCUGUAGUUUCACGCCCGGUUUCCCCCACAAACUCAUUUGGUGGUCCUCUUCGUACACUUAGCAACAAGAAUAUUGGUGGGCUUAAGGGAGGUUUUGCCUCCCUACGUCAAGAUAUAGACCAACUUUUGCUGGUCUUAGAAAGAGGAUCACUUGAGCAGACUCAACAGAAAUCAUCUCAAGACACAAAGCAGGAUAUUACAGGUAUAAAAGUGGGGCCUGACCUAAAUCACAAUGGAACUGUAGGCAAUACUAUCCCAGUACCGGACCCAAAUUGUACUGGGACAAGCAUGGCCGCCAUGACAGAGGCCGAAAGAAGUCUUCUCCAGGCAGAGGCUCGACGAUUAGCAUCUGGGUGUCAGCGGGCCACACGUGUAGGCUGGGCUCCUGAUGAAGCCCUACGCUCUUUAUCGAACAGCUUCAGUGCCCUGGUUCACUUGUCUGCUGCCUGCCUGCGAACAAAUCCAUGCCCUGGUUGUGAAAUCUGCCAGAAGGCAAGUCUGGUCCACGGGGAUGAGGACGAUGACAGCCAGGAGGCCAUGGACAAGCUGAAGGAGAUAGUGGGUCUCUAUCAAGAGUUUGUUGGGGCUGUUGAGACAGCUGGAACUGGUGCCGGGGUUGGGGGUAAAAGUGUGGGCCUCACUGGGUCUGGACAGGGUCAGAGUGAAGGAGUCAGGCUUCUGGCCAAGCGUUGCACUGUGCUCAUCUCGUCCGUUUUCGCACUCACACAGCUCUUUCGGACACGCACACCAGACACCGCAGACACGUCUGUCCACAUACCUGUCAACUUUUGACCUGUGAACUUUACCCACUAAUAACCCACUGACUCUAGAGGCGAGACAAGAGGAAACAGCACACAGCCAUCUGGUGUGCACCCCCUGUGUUCUUGUAGUGCCAUGCACACCACUGCACACAAAUGUUAAGCCACAUUACAUUUAUUAACAUGGCAAAAAAAUACACCAAACAAAACCCUAAAUGAAGAGAGAAACUUCAUGGCUUGGCCUCUUGGUGGACGCAUAUGAACUAUGCAUUUGUACAUAUGAAUUUUAUAAUUCUCUUAUAAUUCUCUUAUUUUAUGAUACGAUAUGUGUAUGUAUGUACGGAUCGAUUACCCAUGUAUGUAUUUAUGUAUUUAUUUUUACAAUAUUUGCACCAUUGUCUUUGAUGUGCAGGUCUCUGGUGGGAAAAAAACUAUGGAUGUCACUGGAAUUUUUUAUUUUUCCUUCUCUUUGAGACAGUAUUAUGUUAUCUAUAGCUGCUUUAAAAAUGUUCAACUCCACAAGGUGUAAUCUGUAAAUUGUCAUUUUUCAAGUUUGGUAUAACAGUACGUUUUACUGACAAGAUACAGAAAAUAUACUGUAUCACACUUACAAAAUACAGUUAUUAACUGAUUUGUUUUAUAUGUGCACCUUUUUAAGGAUUUAGUUUUUCAAAAUUACAGUCACAUAAAAAUGGGGAACAAACUUAUACCAUGACAAAGCAGGGAGAGCACUUUCGACUGUUACAGAUUGCACCUUUUUAUGAGACACAUACCCUUGUGUAAAGUGUUUUUCUACCCUUUCCCUAAUCCUGACUGACUCUUAAGUGAAUGCCUCUUAGAAAUACUCCUAUUACCCACAAACGCAUACGUACUGUAUGCAGUAAUAGAACAUUAAUCUAGUUUUCAUCCAAAGUACAUUACAUAUAUAUUUUCUGUGAAUGCGUGGAUGAGGCCCAGGAAGCAAAACAGGACCUUAUUUAUGUAGUUGAAAAAAAUGUUUUGACUAGGCACAGGGGUGACUGUUAAACGAUGUCCACAAGUAGCAAAGAUCCAAAGUAUUGAAACACUGAGCCACAACUGUUCCCCACCGUGGUUUUUCUCUUUGGGCCCACCACAUUAUUAAUAUCAUACUGACUGACAGGUGGACUGACUGCUGCUGUGUGCUGUCGUCAGAACUGUAGAUAUACAUUCAUAUCAUUGUGUCCUAUUCUGUCUCGACCUUAGUUUAUGGCUAUGCAAACAUAAACUCCUCAUGCCCCACAUCCUGUAUCCUUGUUUUUGUGCUAACAUUAAAAACAACAAUAGCUGCAUUAUGUUUGAUUGAAUAUAAUGGCUGCUUUCUUUGUUUGGAAUGUUGGCUUUUGUCGUGUUUCGGGAAACACUGACUGCAUUAUGAAUUGCAACGUUGUGCAAAGUUGCAAGGCAUUAAUAUUUGUCAAUAUAAUAUAGACUAUACUGAUGUCUGUGAAUUGUCAGUAAAAGGGUUACAAUGCUCAAUUAGUUUGUCAUAUGAUGUCAACUGCUUUGAUGAGCCAUCCGCUUUGGAAGGAUGUACUUGAGCCACCUAUGACAACAAGAGGGUAAUUACUUGCUGAUAACAAAUAUGUUGAGGGGAUGAGCCAAAAUCAAGACUGCUUAAGUGUUCAGAGACAGCCGGUGAGGAGGUAGGUAGUAUAUUUAAUCUUCCAACUAGAUGACAUAGAAUUUCGUCAAAAUAGCUAUGCUGUAAAAAAUAAGAAAGCAGGUCUCUUAUGUGAGAUUUCAGAGCUUCCAAUCCCUAUGGAGGUCUGGUAGCGGGGUCCAUCAAGGCAUGCUGUAUGUCUCAGGAGCAUCUCGAGUUGUUCAUCAAGCAGGCUCAAAUGGUGACACGUACCUGUGUCACCGACGUGUUUCGUUUUUGUAAAGUAAAACUGUAUCAACUGCAUUUCAUUUUUCAGUAAGAGGACAUUGUGUUUCUACAUGGGCAGUCACUUUUACGUACAAUGAAGUCGAUGUACCAAGAAAUGUAUUGUUUGGUAAUAAAUUACACAUUGACCUUAA